AUAUUAGUUAAAUGCGAUCAAAUAGAAUGCCAAUAAUCUCGCAAAUCAGAUUAAAAUCUCGAUAUAAAAUCAGCCGUAAUCGAAUCAUCGAUAUCAUAUUCGAUAGGCAGUCUAAUUUGUACGUACGCCGCACAUGGUUUAUUGUGGCGCAAAUGUAAGCAUACUGAAUUAAUGGUGUCUUCGAAGAUAAUAUUGUUAUGUUAUAAAACUGAUAAAGAAAUGUUGCAUACUUCUGUGGUGCAACAAUCUGACUGUGGUUCACUUCGGCAAAAGUGGGCAUAAUCAAAUGUAGACGCCGGUUUGCGUGAUAAGAUUGUUUUGUGUUCCCAGUAACGGGGGUGUGACAGAUCGUGCAUUUGUAAAGUAUUUUUUUUCUUUUCAAAUGAAAUUCGACAUUGCGCAACUUUUACCUCUUGGCUGCUUUUGAAAUUUCAAACAUACGAUAUAAUAGACAUAUUUCUCAAAAAUAUACAUUAUAUUCGGAGUGUUUAUUUUCCUCUGUUUGUGUCAACAAUAUAAAUUUAGUCAAAGUGUAUAACAGUGAAUUGUUUUAAUUAGACGAUUUACCUUUUUUUUGAGAAAACGUGUGCCAUAUUUUAACACUAUGCGGUUUUAAAUAUCGCAUUAAACUCGCUGAGAUAGCGAAACCUAUUUAUAGGUUAUAAAAUUGCAUGCAUGCUGUUGUCAGUAACGACAACGACCAAACGUUAAGGAAUUUUUAAUGCAAUCCCUAUGCAUUGGCUUCAAGCAACAAACAUACGUGAAGAGAUGCCGUUGAGUCAAAUAAAUCAAACUAAUUUCAAUACGAGUGAAAGCAUAAAUCCUGGUACUGAAAUAGCUUCGACUUGUUAUACUCCUCCACCUUCAUACCAUAAUAUUAAUUUACCUCUUGGACAUCCAUCUACUUUAACUAAUGAUCGUGGUGCACCUCCUUCUUACGAAGAAGCUAUAGAUCCAAAUGCUCCUCCUCCAUCAUAUGAUUCACUAUUUGGUCGUAUGAGAGAAGCUCAUAAAGUUUCUAAAGGUGUAUUCAAUUUUUUGAAAAAUAUCAUUGUAUUACUUUUAGGCACAAUUGGAUGCACUAUUAUCUUAGGAGUAACAUUAGUAGUUCCAAUAUGUAUGAUGGUAAUUGGAGGACUUUAUCUAUAUGAUUGCCCCCAAGGAGAAUAUAUUCCUGUUUAUUUAUUAGUGGGUGGUGGUUUCGGUGUCUUUAAACAAUUGUUACAUUUAUCUGCAAGAGUGCGUCAACGUCAAGAAGAACGAGAUGAAGAAAGGAUACGACAAUCACCUACACAGACGUUAAUUAACUGUUUUAUGCUUGGUUGGUUUAUCAUAGGUUCAAUGUGGGUAUAUAAAGAGUACGAACCAAAUUAUGAUCCAGCUCUUGGCAAAUACUGUAACAAAACAUUAUACUUAUUUGCCUUUUGGCUAAUUACAUCAGUUUAUAUAUUCUUGGGAGUGAUAACGGCAGGACUUUGCAGUAUUUCAGUAGCAAGCAUUGCAUUUCAGAGACCACCGCCUGAUUUAAUGUGAAAUAAUACAAUCUAAUUUUAGAGAUAAACACUCAUUUUCAAGAUUUAUUAUUUUGGGAACAAAACGAUAUAAAAAAAAAUGAAAGAACUGUCCGUGGAUAUUAAAUUACGUCAUAAAAGGGCACAAAAUUUCGUCCACGCUUACGUACCUGAGAUGCUUGAAAACAACAUACUACGAACGAAUAAUUUGCACAUUAAACGCACAUAUAAUGCACUCGAGUUUCAUAAUUUAAUAUUUGUAAUCGUUCGUGGGAACAUCUCUUCAUUUUUUACUCAUACUUUGUUUCUUUAAUGUAUCUCGAUUAUGUAUGAUUAUACUUUUGCUAUGAAUUAAACUUCGAUUAAACAUAGCAAAAUUAAUCGAUCUCCCAAAAUUGGUAUAUCGGGAGAGGGAAAAAGAAGAUAUGCUUUAAUCGAUUCAGGGCUGUGGAUAUUUCGCAAUAACCGCGAAUUCUUUUGAUAUUGUGCCAAGAAAUCGCUGAGACCGUUGAUCGAACUGUCGAUUGCGUGUCGGCGCUCGAUUCGUAACGAUAUUCUUACUUGAGUAGAAUCUCAGGACGUGUCACAAAAUAUUCUAACAUGAAGGUGUCAUCGAACACUGUGAUACAUACAAGAGAAAAAAAAGAACAUUAUUUCCCGUCAAUGUGCUAUAAUGAUUCACAUCGUAGAAUUUAAACGGCAGCUGUUUAACGAUUCUGUACAAGCGAAAAGGGUUCGUUCACUUGUACAAAUAGCUUAUUAUUGGAAGACUGCGAUAUAUCGCAACACAUUUUUUAUUCCUUUGCCCUCUUCCUCCGUCCUUUUAAAAACCUUUCGAUCUCCAUUGAGCCUUUAAUGUCAAUGUAGUCGAACAACACUGUUUUAUAAAAAGACUCAUUUAAAGACUAAAGGGUGAUAUAAAUGUAUAUUAAAUACACGCUCCUUUUAGUAUUUCGAAGCUAUUCAAAUGCCAGUAUUUAUUAGUAUUGUUAGAAAGAAAAGAAAAUUUUUUUAAGAAAUCUUCACGUCUGAUUGGUAUUUAGGACCGAUAGCGGAGGAUGAUAAGAACCUCAACUUUAAAACUAAUAUUUCUUCCACUUUCAUACAUCUUUACCUACUUUUCAAGCGACUAUUUUCGUCUUCCUAUUUAAGUCCAAUUUAAGAGGUGUAUAUAUAACGUCGAAACCCCAUAGGUUCUAAUACGUGUUUUGCGUUCGACUUGUUACGUAUGUACCUUUGGACACACGCUUGCACGCAUGCGAAAGGGCAAACGAGCGAGCUUGCGCUUUUAAAAUUUAGGGAAAACGAAAAUACUUCGUGUAAUCUAUGAUUGUAAUGUAAAGUAUCAUUCAAGUAAACCGAAUAGACUGCAUUUUCUUCGAUCUGAACGUAUUGCUUAGCAGACAUACGAAUAUAUACACGUAUUCGCGUUGUAUACUUAUCGCUAAUUCAAUGUAAUACACCGUACACUUUUUCGACGAUGCGACUUGUCAACAAGAUCUAUGCGUGCCUACGUAUCAAAUUCUUACGUUGUUCAAUAUUAUGGGCACACACGCACAUUUGUUAUUAUAAUAAUUUCCUAAAUAAACUGCUUAAAAAAAC